AUGGGCCCGACCGCGUCUUUAUCUUCGUACACUACCACGACACCGUCCACCAUCAAGAAGUGGUGCUCCGUGGUCUCGGGCACGGCGUUCUUGAAAGGUUCGUAUGGGAUUUCAUCUCGGUGUCGCAGUUUGGCUGCUGCGCCAGCUGAGCGCGGACUGGUCUGUUGCUCCGUCUCGGGCGACUCCUCUGCGAUCUUUGGCUCGUUGACCGUGAUCCACUUUUUACGUAGCGUCAGACAUUUGCGGAUGAGUUCGCAGACCUCUUUGGUCUCUCUAUCGACUUCUCCGGGCGCUGUGGUGAUCUGGAUUCUCUGGCCUUGA